AUAGCGACUCUGUCUCUCCUAGAAGCCCUUCAGUGGUUAGUUACAAAUCUGGUCACCAGUUAAACUUCUUUUUACUCGUCACCAUGUCUGUUUUGUGUUAUAACAAGGGAUGUGGUCAGAGAUUUGAUCCAGAAAAUAACCCAGACGAUGGCUGCACCUAUCAUCCAGGAGUCCCAGUAUUCCAUGAUGCAUUGAAGGGGUGGUCCUGCUGCAAGAGAAGAACGACUGACUUUUCAGACUUCCUCAGCAUUGUUGGCUGUACAAAAGGUCCCCAUAAUAAAGAGAAACCGCCUGAGCCAGUAAAACCAGACGUGACAUCAUCAGGAGAAAAGAAAGAGGCAGAUGACCAAAAACCAAAGUUUAACGAGUACAUCAUCUCUGCACCGAAGCCUCAGGAGGCUAUAUGCAGACCGAGUGCUGAUGAGCCGAUGGUGAGAUUGCAGCAAAAGGUCUCUGCCUCUCUGAAGCAGGCUCUGGAGAAGCUGAAGCUGGCUGAAAAUGCAACAGAGGAUAAAGAGGAAGAUAGUGAUGAGAUCAAGAUUGGAACGUCCUGCAAAAAUGGAGGGUGUACUAAAAGUUUUGAAGGCCCUGCAAGUGAUUCUGAUGUGUGCUUAUACCACUCUGGCUGUCCAAUCUUUCAUGAGGGGAUGAAAUACUGGAGCUGCUGCAAGAGGAAAACUUCCGACUUUAACACCUUCCUCUCUCAAGAGGGCUGCACCAAGGGGACACAUCUAUGGAGGAAAAAAGAUGCGGGUAAGAAAGUGGUUCCAUGUAGGUUUGACUGGCACCAGACCGGGACACAGGUCAUCAUCUCUAUCUACGCCAAGAACACUGUCCCAGAGCUAAGCUACGUGGAUGCAAACAGCACCACGCUCAACAUCCAUGUUAUAUUUGAGGGAGAAAAAGAAUUUGAGCAGAACAUUAGCUUGUGGGGAGUGAUAGAUGUGAGUAAAAGUAUAGUAAACAUGAUGGCAGCCAAGAUUGAGGUAGCCAUGAAGAAGUCCGAAGCCAUGUUAUGGGCCCGACUGGACCUCCCUCCCCCUGUCACCCCGCCCAAGGAGAACGAGAAAACUGAAGAGUCUGAUAGUGAGGAUGAAGAUGAAUGAUAAGUACUAAAAAUAAAACCAUAGUAUCUAUUUUUAGCUGAAUCUAAGGCUACACAGUCCAUUCAUUACCUCUUUAAAGAGUUGUCUCUUUUUCUGUCAAGGACUUUUGGCCUCCUCAACAUUUGCAGAAUGCUUAGUAGUUUUUGAGGUGACUUCUUCAGUUCCUUUUCUUAUGUAGGAUGCUAUGGUAAAAAGUAUUUUUUACAACGUUUUUCACUCACGUCCUGGUUGAUAAUAGGGAUGAACACCAACUUUUAUUAGCCUUUUACUCAAGUGACACCAUGACACACGUGUCAAUUGCACUGAAUAAGAUAGGUGUGACAGUACUUAAUUUCACACCCUUUCAUGUGACUGCUCACAUCAAGUCAUUGUGAUGGGCUGCAGUUGUGACCACUUCAACAGCCUCUGGUAAAACAUUAGUCCACCUUUGCAUUUCCAUUUGUUUGUGUUCUACUUCACAUGUUAGAGGUGUUAUUCGUACUGUUUAUAUAUAAUUUUGUCAUUCCAUGCUUUAGUUUUAUGAAUUGUACAAAUUAUUGAGUUGUUUCAUCCACCAGUGUCACAUCAGAACGAAUACUGUCUUCAUAGGUGUACACUCAGCGGCCACAUUAUUAGGUACACCUGUACAAUUGUAUGCACUUAAGUGCAACAUUUCCACCUUAACAUCUGUGUUUAUGAAGCUUAAUGUUUCAGUUUGACCAGUUGAAACUCACAAAUGUAUAAAUUCAGUUGUGUUUAUUAUUGAGGUCAUAGUUAAAGGUGUUGCUGUACUGGACUACAUUAUUUUCAGAUGUGUUUAUAUUUUUGUCCUCUCCAGUUAUAUGAAUUGUACAGGUAAGGCAAGGCAUUGCUAUUUAUAAAGCACAUUUCAUACACAGAGGCAAGUAUAAACAGUAACAGCAUUAAAACCAGAUUAAAAUCAUUUAAG